AUUGGUCAAGGAACGCGUGGCAGUCUGGGUAGGACGUCCGUCUGCCAUAUUGUCUUCCCUCCUGCUAGUGGCUAAAGGAGACGUCAUGAAGGGGAUGCGGAAUAUUAGUUACCUCUCUAGGAGGCUUUAUUCAGCCCAAGCUGCCCCUAAGUUUGAAGCUGCGGCAGCUGCAGAGCGAGUAAGGCUUCCUGCUCAGGAUCCCCAGAUCACCAAGCUGCCCAAUGGGCUGGUUAUUGCCUCCUUGGAGAACUACUCUCCUUGCUCCAAGAUCGGUGUGUUUGUGAGGGCAGGCAGCAGGUACGAGAAUGUGGGCGACCUCGGAGUCACCCAUCUCCUCCGACUUGCGGCAAACCUGACUACAAAAGGAGCUUCUGCAUUUAGGAUCACUCGAGGUGUUGAAGCUGUUGGUGGUGGUCUGAGUGUGACGUCUACCAAAGAGAAUAUGGUUUACUCUGUGGAGUGCAUGCGUGACUAUGUUGACACUGUAAUGGAGUACCUGAUCAAUGUAACCACUGCACCUGAAUUCAGGCAUUGGGAGGUGGCUGACCUCACAUCCAGGAUAAAGGUGGACAAAGCGCUAGCUUUACAGAACCCUCAGCUCGGUGUUCUUGAAAAUCUGCACACUGCUGCCUAUAAAAGUGCCCUCUGCAACACACUGUACUGUCCAGAUUAUAGGGUUGGCAAGAUCACUUCGGAGCAGCUGCAUGCGUUUGUCCAAAACAAUUUUACAAGUGCAAGAAUGGCAUUGGUUGGACUUGGGGUUGACCAUGCUGUUCUGAAGCAAGUGGGAGAACACUUCCUCAAUAUCAGGAGUGGACAGGGUGCUGCUGGAGCCAAGGCAGUCUAUCGCGGGGGUGAGGUCAGAGAGCAGAAUGCAGACAGCCUAGUCCACGCUGCUGUAGUAGCUGAGGGGGCAGCAGCAGGAAGUGCUGAGGCCAAUGCGUUUGCUGUCCUUCAGCACGUGCUGGGGGCUGGGCCUUACAUCAAGAGGGGGACCAACAUGAUGAGCAAGCUAAGCCAGGGAGUAGCCAAGGCCACAACCCAGCCAUUUGACACCACAGCAUUCAACGCAAGCUAUUCUGAUGCUGGACUGUUUGGUUUUUACACAAUUUCCCAGGCGGGUGUAGCUGGUGAUGUCAUCCAGGCAGCUAUGGCCCAAAUCAAAGCAGUUGCACAGGGAGGUGUCACUGCAGCUGAUGUGACAAGAGCAAAGAACCAACUCAAGGCUAGAUAUUUGAUGUCGAUGGAAAGCACAAAUGGGUUGUUGGAUGAGAUUGGCACCCAAACACUUGCAAGUGGCACUUGCAUACAGCCGGAGUCUGCAGCCCAAACAAUUGAUUCUGUGUCUGCCAAUGAUGUUGUAAAUGCUGCCAAGAAGUUUGUUGCUGGCAAGAAGUCUAUGGCAACAAGGGGAAACUUGGGGAACACACCCUUUGUGGAUGAAUUAUAAAAAAAUAAAAUAAAAAAAUAAAAUAAGAAUAUUUCAAUAAGAACUUUAAAGGAAUGUGUUUAUUGCUGCUCGUUCAAUAAUUUUUGAAUGGACCCAGUUCCAUACAUAUUCUGUCUACCCUUGCAGGGUUCAUUUUACUGGUUAAUUAUCAUUUUUAGAAGAAUGUUUUCGUAAUAAGUGUAUCAGGAUAAAAAGAUUUUACAUUUGGCAGUUCCCUGUAUAUCAGAUGUAAAUUCAUUAAACGUAUCUGUCUAGUUGUUUUUGUGGGUAUUUGUUUAAUUAAAUAUGUAUCUUAUAUUUUAGGGUAGGAAAAUAAGUAUUACAAUCAGUGUUCUGUAUAGCAAAACAUAUUUUGUAAAAUAGUUUGGUCCUCCUGAAAAAAUUGGAUGCAGCAAUUCAUGGAGCAUGUGAAACGCAAUUAAAAUAAACAUCUGGAAUCAAAA